UACACCCAACAUGGCUGCCUCCAUGCUGAUGAGGUCGAGAGGCAGCGGGUGGACAUGUCUGUCUGUUGCCAGGCGCCUCUUCAGCUCUGGCCCUGCACCGGCCGGCCUUUCCAAACUGCAGUCUAACUUCCUCCUCUACCUGUGUCAACGGUUCCAUGAUGUGGAGCAGCUCGUCGCAUGGAGCUCCAGGCUAAAGGGCUGGGUGGUGCAGCGAAAGAACAGGUACUAUGGCUACACACAGCGGCAGUAUGGUGAAAACGUAGCCACGGCCUUCUACAUCCUGAGCAUGAGGGGAGCAUUCAGGUUUGCAGGGCAGUCAGAAUGGUUCCGGCCCGACUCCAGAGGAAAGUUCAGCUGGGACUUUGUCAAUUUCCGUGACGUCCCGCUCGAAGAGGCGGACUUGAGCAGGACGCUCAUAAACUACGCAGGACUGGACAACCUAGUGUGUCAGAGGGGGCUGCGCACUCUCUCACUGCAGGGCUGUCCGGAGGUGGACGACUGCUUCCUGUCCCGCCUCCACGUGUUCAAGGACAGCCUGGAGGAGUUGAACUUAUCCCACUGUCCCCGCAUCACUGUGGGGGGUCUGGCAGCCCUCCAUCACCUGAGGAGGCUGCGGAGGCUGGACUUGUCCUUCCUCCCGCGGGUGCAGAACCCGGGGUUGGUGCGCAUCCUGCUGGAGGAGGUGCUGCCGCACUGCCACAUCACCGGGGUGGAGUACAGCCAGGGCCUGCAGCCCGAGCACAAGAUGGACCCUGUCACCGAGGAGACCGCACGGGUGCAGGCACACAGGGAGACACUGGCACACUGACACACACACACACUCACACUCACGCACGCUCAGGGUCACAGAGGCACUGGUACUGACACCCACACACAAGAGCCCACAGUGAUCAUGCAUACAUACAUAUGUACAAGCACAAGUGUGCUUUUGAUCACAGGCAGACACUGACACAGUACUGAUCCAACACACACACAAGAUUUUCACAGAGACAAUGAUAUAGUGACUUAUCCAGCACACACACCUCCAAACGAACAAGAAGGCAGUUCUCACAGAUACGCAUUGUCACAGUUAAGGUGAACACAAACAUAAAUGCAGGGGAAAGACAGACACAGCAAUGAGAUGGCAUUAUAAUAUAGUGGUUUGGGUGCUUGUAAAAAGAACCUCAUUUAAAUUCCAGGUGGGCCACUGUUCUGCCCUCGAGCAAGGUACUAAACCCACAUUGUUGCAGUAAAUAUCUUGCUUUACACAAGAAUGUGAAAUGUAUACUGGAUGAGGGCUUCUGUUAAUAAUGUAUAUAAUAAGACAUGAAGACUCACAACAUUGGCAUUUUCUGUAAAGCAUAACACACGCUGUGUUCAAUGAAGCUAACCCUCCGGUAUCCACCAAGAAGCCGGUUUGUGCUUACACACUGUGUGUGGAAUGAAUCAUGAGCCUUUAUAAAGGGGUUCAGCAUGGGCUAUUGGUUCCUUACAAGGCCGUGUGUAACCAGUUGUGAAUUUAUGCCAAAAAUGCUAGUAGUUUGGAUGAUAAUCAA